UUCCUAAUAAUAUUGUGGGUGCUCAUAAAUAACCAGCACAUACAUUUAAAAAAAAGAAGAAAGGAUGAGUUACUUAACAGCUAAGGGUUAAAACACUAAUACCUCCCUCCACAGGUCUCCUCCCCUCUGUGAACUGACCACCUACAACAAGUUUGACAGCUCAGCCUUUUAGUGUUCAGCAGCAGCAGCUCCGCAUACUUGGAUUUUACAUCUCCUGGAAUUUAUUUAUUUAUUUUUUUCCCUUUUUAUCAUUAUUUUUUCACGUUGCUAUGGUGCGUCUACUAUUAGCUAUGAGGAAAUUUAUGCGUCUGUAGGUUGGCUCACUUCUCCCACUUGGACCGUCUUUUUUUUUUUUUUUUUUUAAAGUUCGCGUUACAGUUGUUUCUGUGAAACAAACAGGUCAAACCUCGUUCAUUUUUUAUUUGUAAUUAUUGUUAUUAUUUUGAAUCGUUUUUUGGAGAUCUCAGAGAGGAUAAACAUGUCGAAGAGCGCGGAGGAGGUGAGCAAGCUCACCGAAACUACAUACAGGAAUGUGAUGGAACAUUUCAACCCCGGACUGAGGAAUCUAGUCAACUUGGGGAAGAAUUAUGAGAAAUCCGUUUCUGCAAUGGCAAUGGCAGGAAGAUUGUAUUUUGAUGCACUUUCUAAGAUUGGAGAGAAUGCUACAUCUUCUCCCGUCUCCAAAGAACUGGGUUCUGUUCUGAUGGAAAUCUCCGAGGUGCACAGGAGAGCUCAGUACGAGCUGGAGGAAAAUUUUAAGAGGUUCCACAGAGAGAUUAUAACAGAGUUGGAGAGGAAGACAGACAUGGAUGUCAAAUAUAUGACGGCCACGUUUAAGAGAUACCAGAUGGAGCACAAGGUUAAGCAAGAUUCUCUGGAAAGGUCCCAGUCAGACCUGAAAAAGCUGAGGAGGAAGAGCCAAGGCAAAAACGCUAACAAGUACGAGAACAAGGAGAGUGAGUGCCUGGAGACAUUGACCAACCGGCAGACGGACAUGCAGUUGUUCAUCGCAGACGGCUGUAAGGAGGCUCUGCUGGAGGAAAAGAGACGCUUCUGCUUCCUCGUCGACAAACACUGUAUGCUCACAUAUCAGUUUGGCUCGUUCCACGAUAAGGCCAGAGACAUACUGAGCGAGAAGCUGAGCAGCUGGGAGGGGCUGGUUCCCUUCAUCCUACUGCCGCGCUCUCACAGAGACUCCCGUGAAUAACAACAGUGAGACUGCUGUCCCGUUCCGCAGCAGAAGUGUGGUCAACCUCCACCAUCAGGACACGGAGACGGACGAGGCGACCAUGGUGCUCCCCCCAGCGGACUACUGCGACACGCCGCAGCGGAACUCCAUCAAGAACAGCGUUUCCACCUCGAGCAGCGCGGUCACAAACAACCACCACCACCUUCAUCAUCCCUCUCCCGCCCCCCCUGCAGCACUGUCCUCGUCUGAUCACAGCGCGGGGGUCCAGUCCAACGGCACCUCGAGAGCUCCGCCUGCUUUCCUCGCAGGAGGGAACCCAUUCGCCACAGUGAGGCUACGUCCAACCGUCACCAACGACCGCUCCGCUCCAGCCAUCUGACCCAUCCACGGAUAAUCGAUUCCCGCUCCCAUCAGCUGAUCGGAUCCUCCUCUAUUGCCGCGCAGCAGCUCCUCCUGAGGGAAAAUGACGCCACUGGAACCCAGGACGGUCCUGCCGCUGCAUUCCAACACAGACGUGGUUUUUAUUUACUUCUAUUUAUGACAUGUAUGUUUUCUAUGUUUAUUGUAGUCUGUGGUGGUGAGACCUACAAGACCACAUUCCUGCCUGCAAUCUCAACAAAUAAAUAGUUCAAGAAAUGAUAUUUUUAUUGCUGUUGCUUGAUCAUUAUCAUGCAGACUGUUGGAAUUGUUGCCAUAGGCCAGGACUGUGUGGGACGUUCUUAUCUCACCUUCAGCACAUAAGAGCGCUUGUCCUGGUGUAGAAACACUUGAAUGUGACUGUAUUCUCCUGAACACUUUUGCCUUAAUGACAUGUACAUAUCACCUAUAGAAUAUAGAUUGUUGCAUUAUUUGUUCCCAAAGUUCAGUGAAAUCAGUUUGUCUUCAUCAAAAUAAAAGUUGUCUUGAAAUUUUU